AUCGCCGUCAUCUACCACCUCGUAGGCAAUGUUUUCCCGGUCGCCAUCCGGAGAGGUUACCCUCGCAGAGACGGACGCAGACCAUGUCCGUGUCGUCAGCGAAGACGCAGUGUCCGACAGAAUAGAUCCGCGCAUCUCGCCGGCGGAGCGUGCCAGUGAGGACGACCUCGACUCGCCCUACCUCAGGCAACUCUCCGACUAUGUUCACCAUCGCGACCACACCGCCGUCGCCGACGUCGAACACGGCAAGCCAAAAAAGGAGAACGAUAGUCCACUUUAUGUCGAGUUCGAAAAAGGCGACCCGCGAGACCCAAUGAACUUCACGAAGAGACGCAAAUGGAUGAUCGCCGGCUGCGCUAUACUGUUCACCGCGCUCUCAGCUGCCAACGCCUCGACAUACAACAUGGGCGUCCCCCAGAUGAUCGUGGACCUCAACUGCACGCAGUUUCAGGCGACGAUAGGCCUCUCGAUGUACACCCUCGGCUUCGCCAUCACGCCGCUUGUCACCGCGUCUUUCAGCGAGGAGUUCGGCCGCCAGCCGCUGUACAUCGUCUCCUCCAUCGGCUUCACGCUCAUGCACCUCAUAAUCGCGCUGGCAAACAACAUCCACACCGUGCAGAUCGCGCGGUUCUUAUCCGGAGCGUUCGGCUCGACAGGGUCUACUAUGGUUGGCGGGAGCAUCGCGGACAUCUUCCCGCCGCACGAACGCGGGCUGCCGAUGGCCAUCUUCUCGCUCGCCGCCGUCGGCUGCACCGGGCUCGGGCCCGUCGCGGCGGGGUGGAUAGAAAUGAACCGCCACCUCGGGUGGCGCUGGAUCCAAUGGCUCCACCUCAUCGUGACGGCGGUGUUCGCGGCAUCGAUACCGCUGCUGAUGAAAGAGACGCGCUCGGCGGUCGUGCUGACGCGCAUCGCGAAGCGGAUGCGCAAGCGCACGGGCGACCACCGCUACCGCGCGCGCGUCGAGGACGAGCGCGCGAGCCUCCGGACCCUCAUCUGGAUCUCGUGCACCCGGCCCAUGUACCUCAUGCUCACCGAGCCCGUCGUCGCGAGCUUCAGCAUCUGGGCUGGCUUCGCGUGGGGGAUACUGUACGUUUUGAUCGAGUCCAUCGGGCCUAUUUUCAAGACCCUCCACCACUUCAACAACGGCGAGGUUGGCGUGGUCUUUGUGACGUUCUUCAUCGGCAGCUCGUUAGGCUGCGUCGCCCAGUACUACCAGGAGAAGCUGUACCAGAAGUACCAGCCCGUGCGUGGGCCCGAGGCACGGUUGUACAUGGUGAUGCCCGCGGGCAUCGUCUUCACGGCCGGGCUGUUCAUCUACGCGUGGUGCAGCUUCGCGGACGUGCCCUGGAUCUCGCUCUGCAUCGCCAUCGUUCUCGUCGAGUUCGGCUCCUUCACAAUCUACCUCGCGGUCUUCACCUACCUCGCAGACUGCUACGGCACGUUCGCGUCGAGCGCGCUCGCGGGCCAGAGCCUCUCGCGGAACCUGUUCGGGAUGGCCUUCCCGCUCUUCACGACGCAGAUGUACGCCGCGCUGACGUACCACUGGGCGAACACGCUCUUUGGCCUCCUCGCGCUCGUCAUGAGCCCCGUGCCCUUCUUGCUCUUCUGGAAGGGCCCUGCGCUGCGCGCGCGGAGCCGGUUCGCGGUGUCAAACACCCAAAAGCAGUCGUAAACGCGCCCCCUGAUGCGGCGCGGCGCGGCUUUCUACGACUUGACACGACUGCGCGCAGGCUUUUCGCCUGAUAUCGCACACGAAUAGUAUUCCUUACGACCGGCACGCGGGAUGCCCUUUCAUGCUGCUACCUCGUGGUUCGCUCACUCAUAUCUCAUCGCGUAUGCUCGCAUUUUUACGCAUACAACUGCAUAUGUAUAUUCCAUAGACCAUCCAUUCUGCAUACAGCAUAUCGCGUCCAUACUACUACUACAUAGUACUGGAUCCUGCAUAGUCCAUAUUGCGGUCGCCAAAGUCGUCUGGCCCUCAUUUGUUGCGUUAAUCUCUCGGUUAGCGGGUACGCGCAUCUGUAUCGUUUCGUGCGUGUUUGUCGAAAUUAAGAGCGGGAACACCUCUGCACCAGGUGGAAAUCGAUGAUGACUCCGCAGUAUCAAGCGGACAUCGCAACGAAGAAUAGUCGAAACUGGAUCUACUCUAGGAUUGGCGACACGGUUUCAGCGCACGCUCAAAAAGCAUGAAUAAAUACGAAUAAUGAUAUGUCUUCCGUAGCACAACCUCUCAGCGAUCUACGCCGGGCUUGUCACAAUCUGGGGCGCAGGCAUCGGUGGCGGCGGCGACGACGACGAAGCGCCCUUCUGCUCGUUCCGUCGCCGGCCGCUAUGGUGCCUCCGGUGCUUCUUCGGCGAUGCCGACCGCGAAUUGCCGUACGGCGGCGGCGCCGCGAGCAUGAACACCGGUAUGGCCUGAGGCGAGCCGCCCUCGCUGGGGGGCAUCGCGAGCGGAAGCGCUCCGGGAAACCCCGCCGGCACCGACAUCGCCGCGCCGGCGCCAUCGUGUUGGCCCGCGACCUGCGCGGGGUACACGUACAUCGGGCGCGAGCCGUAGUACGCGUACGAGUACGAAUGCUGGGUCUGCCCGUGCGAGGACGCGCCCGGCGACGGCACGCGCACGAGCCCGCCGUGCGUCGUGAGGCUCCCCGGCGUCACCGUCGGCCGGAUCGCCGUCGCCGCGUCGAGCGAGCGCGUGCUGCCUGCGGACAGGGGCGAGCGUGCGCGCUGCGGCGGCGACUGUGCCGCACGGUGCUGCCGCGGGGCGGUCUGGCGUGGGGCUGCUGCCCGUGGCGUGGCGCGCCGGGCCUGCGGCGAAGGGCCCGCGAGGAGGUCGAGCUUCUCGUGGUUCUCCUUGACGUACCACGACUGGCCGGGCUUCUUGGGGAACGCGCGGCGGGAGUCGGCGGGACGGUACUCGACCGUCGCGUGCGCGUUGAUCCAGGGUAGGUGCACGAAGUCCUUGACGAACUUGCCGACGCGGUUGAUGUGCGUGCCGAACGUGUCUGGGUGCUGGUCGUACGAUGGCUCCUCAGUCAUCGCGUCGUAGUCCUCGGUCUGCUGCAGCACGACAUGCUGGGGCGACGCGAUGUUCGGCUGCGGUAUCAACGAGGGGUCGUAUGGAUUCGGAAGCGGGCCGGCCUCUUCUGCGACUGCAGCAGCUCCAGGCUCUCCGCUUUGAUCUGGGGUAAUUGGCCCCGAAUGGCUUGUAGCAGUGGUAUCGGUCAUUCGAGAGAUGUCUGCAGUUGUCUCUGGAGCUGGAUUCGGAGGACGAGCAGGGUCUUGUGCAUGUAUGCUAGUGUACGAGGGCUCGCUCCUCGCCAACGUAGGUCUACUCGGAUUCGCCGACAUGGGCGGUUGAACUGACGUCGACUUCCCUGAGCGCGAGCUGGACCACAUACGUGGAAGGUGUUUGAAACCGGAGAAGAACCCUCCGACAAAUCCCUUCUUCGGCUUCGGAGCGAAACGAUCCUGGUCAAUCGAGUGCGCUCGGAAAGACGAUCCGUUGCUGAGCGACCGCUCCUCAUGGGUAACCUCCGGUGUCUGCUCUCCGGUCUGUUCCUCAGGCUCCCCAUCCGAGGGUAAAAAGGAAGCAGGGAUAAGCUCUUCUUCAAACUCUUCCGUCUGAUUAUUCACUGAUCUCGUCUCGUCUCCGUGCCCCACAUACCCAGUGCUCGGCCCCGGGUACCCAGAAUCGUCCACGUAGCUCUCUUGAUCCUUGCGGUAGCUUUCGUCUCCCUCGUAGUGACCUAUGGCUUCGUACUGGUCCGGAUGAUAGUCAAAGCUCUGCGGAUGUUCAUCCGAUUGCCGUGGAGGCGGAUCAUAAUGUAGUGGUGCUUCGUCGCGAAAACCGCCAGGAAAACUUGGCGCGGGUUCGCCAUAGCGGGACUGGGGUGCCGGCGUCGACGCCCCUCUCGGCACAAAGAACGAGGACUCGGCGCGCAUGUGUUGUUGCGGUCCGUUCGUCGAGAUCCAGCUCGCCGCCUGGCUGGCCGGGUAGGAGACAUUGGUCGGAGCCUGCGUCCAGCGCGUGGGCUCAGCAUUGUCUGCCUCCCGGAAUCUAGCCGCCCCCGGCAUGAGUCCACUCGGAGCCGGAGGACUCUGCAUUAUUGGUGUACGGGGCGGAGGACUUCGCAUCAUUUCCGCAUUGGGCCCAGGGGAGCUACGAAGCAUCGGUGUGUUGGGCGCAGGCGGGCUCCGGACCGUUGGCGUAUAAGGCGCGGGUGGACUCCGUAGCAUUGGCGUGCCGGGAGCGGGCGGACUCCGUAGCAUCGGCGUGCC